AUGAACUACAAGAACUACCAGCAAGUUGUUUGCUUGAACACAAAGCAACCUAAAGUUGUCAAGAAACUCAGAUCUAUACGAAAGCCUGCGUCAACCUCCGGCAAAAAGCGCACCAAAACUGGUUGCCUUACCUGCCGUAAGAGAAAGAAGAAGUGUGAUGAAGAGAAAAUCGAUGGAAAGUGCCAGGCAUGUACCAGAAACUUCUUGUCAUGUUGCUGGCCAACAUCUAAUGUCGUUGAGAUGUCUUCAGCACCUCAAACUAAAGAAAUUAUGAAAACACCAAUUUCUUCUCCUACAGCUUCCCCAAUGAGUGCUUACCCAAGUCCAAGAUCUCCCAUAGACUUACAUAGCGACGACGAGAUCAGAUCGCUCUCUUUGGAUAAUUCCAAUUAUAAGUUAGUGAGCUUUAAACUGGAAGGACGCGAUGUGCCGAAGUCUAAAUACACUAUUAAGGACGCAGAACAAGUGCAGCAAAAGAAUGAAUCAUCUGAGCUGAAAUUCAUAAUCACUUCCGUAGACAGUCAUCAAGAAUUAUGUCAAGUUUCGUCAGAUUAA